AUGAUUAUGGAACAAAACACGCAGUGCAAAUAUGGCAUUGUAUGGUCAGUAAAAGGCAAGUUGCACCGCUAUAUACAUAGAGUAGGAGACGACGCAAAUGUAGCUACAGGUCAGAAAGACAUAUGGUUAAUAUUUGUGAUUAUUGGAAUCCUGCAAUCGGAUCUGGAUAAACUACACUUGGAUUGCACACAGGAUGAUAUAUUGGUGCAGACAAUUCUAUACAUAUAUAAGCAUUCAUGGCCCAGCAUGAAUUAUGAAUUAUGA